AAGCAUGAGCGUUGUCGGUUUUUCUUCCAUACCAAACCCUCCAUUGAAUUCAAUUCCUGUUCUUCAAAGUCGCUGAAUCCAGUGGGCGCCUCCAUUGAAGUAUUGAACGUGACCCGACCCGUUUACAGACUCACCGUAUCAUAUCUACCCUUCUUGAUCAGCUCAGACUGGUUCUUUUCAUUUUCAGAUCAAAAAGAUCAUCGCGAACUUUCUAUUUCAUAAACCCUUCUUUCCCUCUAAUAAUUAUCGAAAAGGGUUUUUGAAGAUCCAUCAUGGGUUUUCGAGCAUUCUUCAUUCCUUACUUCCUCUGUUCCCUCCUGUUCUUCCCCAAUUUCUCCAUCCAGUCUUCAGGAUUACGCAACAUACGUGGGUCGAUUAUCAGAUUGCCGAAUGGUGAUUCCUAUGGUCACCCUUUUGAUCCCACUCGGGUCACCCAAAUUUCGUGGCAUCCAAGGGCGUUUCUGUAUAGAAACUUUUUAACAGACGAAGAGUGCGAUCAUCUCAUUCAAUUGGCGAAGGAUAAGCUCGAGAAAUCCAUGGUUGCCGAUAAUGAAUCUGGUAAGAGUAUAGAAAGUGAAGUCCGAACAAGCUCCGGCAUGUUUCUCAACAAAGCUCAGGAUAAAGUUGUUGCUGGAAUUGAAUCAAGGAUUUCUGCUUGGACAUUUCUUCCUGUUGAAAAUGGAGAAGCUAUGCAAAUAUUGCAUUAUGAAAAUGGUCAAAAAUAUGAACCACAUUGGGAUUACUUCCAUGAUAAAGCCAAUCAAGCCAUGGGUGGACACAGGAUCGCCACUGUUCUUAUGUAUCUCUCUAAUGUCCACAAGGGUGGUGAGACUGUGUUUCCUGAGUCAGAGAUAAAAGAAUCUCAACCGAAAGCUAAUGAAGAUUGGUCCGAAUGUGCUAAAAAAGGUUACGCAGUGAAACCGAAGAAGGGGGACGCGUUGUUGUUUUUCAGUCUUCAUCCAAAUGCUACAACCGAUGUAUUAAGCUUACACGGGAGUUGCCCCGUGAUAGAAGGCGAGAAAUGGUCAGCAACAAAAUGGAUCCAUGUCAGGAGCUUUGACAAGUCAGAUAACACAAGUGAUGACUGUACCGAUGACAAUGCGAAUUGCGCCAUGUGGGCGGCAGCUGGCGAAUGUAAAAGGAAUCCUGUUUAUAUGGUUGGGUCUCCGGAAGGUUCCGGAUAUUGUAGGAAGAGUUGCAAAGUAUGUUAGUAGAUACACUUUCUCGUGUCUAUAUUUUUCGUGUGUGACAAUUUGGGUAUAAAGGUAGUUGGUGUUUGUAAUCUCUUGAGUUAAAGGAUAUGGGAAAAAGAUAUAAUAUAAGAUGAAUUUCUUUUUUGAAGCGAAAUAACA